UGUGGUGGAGCCCAGGGAUGAAGCAGCUGUGCUGUUCUUGUCUGUUGUGGCUCGGACUCCUACUGGCUCCUUUCUCCCGGGAACAAGACCAGGACACCAGACCCAGGAAGCUGUGCGGCAGGCACCUGCUGGUAGAAGUUAUCAAACUCUGUGGCCAAGGUGACUGGAGCCGGUUCGAGAUGGAGGAGCUAACUCCUAUAACACAGUUAGUUCCCCAGUUCUCACGGAAGGUCAAAACCUUCAACCCUCACCGUUCUCCUUCCUCCGCCUGGGGAAGACUCACAAACGACGCAGCCCCUGCAGCAGCCAUCUCUCAGGAGAAAGCAGCACACUCUUGGGAGCACCAGUCACUGCCCGACUACCCGUUUGAAAAGGCAGAGUUGCCUCCUAAGACAAGAGUGUUUUCAUACCACAGUGGCAAGCCCUAUGUUAGGAGUGUAAAACUUCAGAAGAAAAGCACAAACAAAAGGAAUACCUUCAGCAGUUUACUUUGGGGGAAUCAUUCCCAAAGGAAACGCCGAGGUUUCUCAGAUAAAUGCUGUGUUAUAGGAUGCACCAAGGAAGAGCUGGCCGUUGCGUGUCUCCCGUUCGUUGAUUUUUAAACCUUAACGAUUAAACAAACAUCACUGGUGACAGAGAUGUACAAACUGUCGUAGAAACUAUGCUCACUUAAUAAAAGCUUACUAAAUCUAA